AUGUUUAUGUUUAUAAAUACCAUAGUAAAUUUAAUCAAAUCUGAAGUAUACAUAUGCGAUAAUAAUGGAAAUAUAAGGAGACCUGAAUUAAAAAACGGGUUUUAUAUUGGUGAUAUAAUUAAUCCACUUUAUAGAACAUUGAGAAGAGACAAUAAUGAAUAUAUACUUUGUUUUAAAAAAAUUAGUGGUAUUAAAACAUCUGAGUUUGUUGAAAAUUAUUACAUUUUUUCUAAUUUAGGAUAUAUCACAUCACAAGAUGACUAUGAAUAUACAUCAAUGGUUCUUUGUGAAUUAAUUUGCUUAACUGAUUCAAUUUUAGUUGCUAUUUACAAAUCAGAACUUCAAAAAGAAUUAGAUUUUGAUUUGAUCAAUUAUGUAGUAAUAGCUAAAGAUGAGACUAUAAACGAUACUAGAUUUGGUACUGCUUACCAAAUAAAAGAUUUAGAUUUUAUUCAUUAUGGUUAA